AAAUAGUAGGCUUAUAAAUAUAGGCCAGGGCCUAGGCCUAAUUCUUCCCCAGCUCAGCUGAACGAUGGGUGCUCAUCACAGCAGCAACUUAACUUUGAGCGCCGCUCCAAAUACUGCUGGUCUUGGAGAGGUACUGAAGGCAAUGAAUGGUACAGUAGUACUUUAUAAUAAAAAUGGCAGAUGAAAAGAAAGUUGAGGAGCCAUUCGCUGAAAGAAAGAAUGGCAGAGACAACAUAGACACAAAUAAAGAAAAAGUAUCUGAAAGAUACAAAGAAGUUGCAUUCAGUGAAGAAAUAGAAGUGCACAAAGUUAUUCAAGCAGAUGACGCUGACAAUGAGACAAUUUUAAACCAGUCAAAUUUCCCAAAUAAUGAAUCUGGUAAAGGUGUAGAUGACAAUUUAAAGCAAUGUGACACAGAAGAUGCCAUUGGUCAAAUGUUUGGUAAUGGUGACAAAUGUACAAAGGAUGACCAAGUAGAUGGUUUGCGAAAAGUUGACGAUGGCAAUCUGGGUAUAAAGGAUGACCAAGAUGUGCAACAUGUUCGUAAUGGUGACCAAGGUGCAGUAGAUGACCAAAUAGAUGUGAAAGAUGCAAGUAAAGAUAACAUAGGUUUAAAGCAUGAUAACAUAAAUGGAAAAACUGUUGGUAAUAGUGGCGACGGUACAAAAUAUAACCAAUUAGAUGUGCAAAGUACUGGUAAAGAUGGCCAACUUACAAAGGAUGACCAAGAAGAAAAUAUAUGUAUUGAUAACCAAGGUACAAUUGCUUACCAAGUUAAUGGGAAAAAGGCUGGUAAUGGUUACCAAAGUACAAAGGGUGUUGAAGCAUAUAGGCACAAUGCUGGAAAUUGUGACCAAGUUGCAGAACUAGUUUUAAGAAAAACAAGCCAGGAGGAGCAAGAUGACUUAAAUUACACCGGAAUUAAAAAGACAAAUCUAAACAGAAAUAAAGAACAAACAAUGAAUGUUACUGAAAAGAAAGAAGUUCUAGGCCUAGGUACAGAAUGUAUAUUUAUUAAUAGUAUCAAAAUAGUUAAUGGCAUUGAACAACCUUCAGACAAUACAAUAUUAUCAGAGGAGCACAUUGAAGAAAACAUAAAAAGAGAGGUAAUAACUCCAAGACAAAGAAUUCUUAAUGCUACUGAUGAUAAUGACAGUGGUCAUGGCCAUGCAGAUGGAAUGGUAGAUUUAGAAUCUGAUGAACAUGCUGAAUUUGUCCAUGAUGGUGAUGAUGAUGGUGAUAUUGAAGAGUUACAGAAACUGAUAGAAGAACAUCAUCUCACAAAAUGUGACAGUAAGGCAGAACUAUCAAAUACAGGUAAUAGGAUGUUGUUGAUUCAGGAGGACCAGUCAGAGAAACCUUACUAUGACAAGGUGCCACCAAUAUCUGCCAGCAAGAGGCCAGGUCAACGACUGGCACCAAAUAGAGCUCUUAUUGCCCAGAUUCCAACAUCAUCUGUAAAAUGGAACUUGAGUGAUGGGAGAAUAUCUACACAGCAGUCUGGAAGACUCCCACCAAAUGUCAUUAAAAUGUCUACUGUUAUGUUAUCAGCAAAGAAGAGACGUACUGCAGUAGUUCGGAGUGUGAGCCAAUACUAUGAAGACAAAAAACAUGCUAAACUUCUGAGAUGGGAUGAGUGUGUAAAUAGUAGGCCACCACUACCUAUUGACUUAGAUUUGCCUGGCCCAUGGCAUUAUUCACCAACUAAUAAGCCACCGAAUGAAACAAAUGCUCCUGAGUACAGCUUUGGAAUGAAGUUUUAUGAACGAGGUGGAGGUGCUAGAACUGCUCAUGCUAAAACUUGGUUCAAUAGUACCAGUAACUAUACAACCAAAGUCAACUUUGAGAAAAGGUGGCCUUCGCCUGCUCAGUACAGUAGCAAGCCACUCCUGGGAAGGAGACAUUACACGCUACCAGAUUUCCCAGUCUACACUAUUGGAGUCAGAUCUAAUUUUGUAAUUAACAAAAAAGGAUCGGAAUAUGAGCCUUCUCCAAAUGAGUACUAUCCUCAUAGAUCAAUUGCGUUGACGUUACCCAGUGCUCCAGCGUACACAUUUGGAUCCAGGCACACUGGAACAUGUACAUCCAUCAGGAAUACAGACCCAAACAACCCUGGUCCUGGAAAUUACACUCCACAAAUCAAGUUUAUGUCAACGAAACGACAUCGACCAUCCUUUACAAUCAAAGGUGUAAGAGUUCCCAAGAGUCACAUGCUGGGACCACAUGCAACACUUUGAAAAAUAGUUAGAGCUGUCAUCAUCUAUUUACUUAAAUUGAUGUGCUUUAAGCAAGAGAGAGGAGGCAUCAUUCCAGGGGCAGAAAUGUCCAAAAGGUGGGGGGGGGCGGAAGGGGGGCCGAAAGUUGGGCCGAUUGAGACAACACUGUCGUAGGGGGUCCGGGGCAUGCCCCCGCGAAAUUUUUGUGUUCUAAACGCCCGAACAUAAAAUUUGAGGCAUUCUGGGCUAUCAUUUUUUUCUUUUUCUCUCUUUUUUUCUUUUUUCUUUUCUUUUUUUUACCUCCCAAAAGUGGGGGCCGGGGCCCCUGCAUUCAUUCGUUCAUGUGAAUGCAUAAUCACAGGGGCUAAACUGGUCUAAAUGUAGCUUCCUUUAGCGAAUGCUCGUGUAUAAUGAAUUCUAUAGUUGCUGUUAUCCGUUGACUGGAACAGUCGUAGCAUGGUCACCAACAAGUAGGUUUACAGCUCCUUAACAAGGAGUCAUAACAUCGAAUGAAGGUGAUUGAGAGGUAGUGAAAUAGUGAGGACAAGACAUAAGGCCUACAAGCACCACAUUAGAAUGACAGUAAACAACUCAAAGUGAAGGAACAGAAACAGAAAUAUAAGCAAACAGAUGUUUUCUCAAACUUCUAAUAAUAAUUAAUACCAAAAAUGCUAAAUUAGCAUGCAUUUCAUCAUGGAAUGCAGAUUAAAAAUUGAAAGUGGAUUAAGAGAUAUUGUUGUUUUGCCCCAGUUAUAUUUUGGAUAAAUGGAGUUGAUAAUGAUCAAUUUGCAAUGAACAACGUCUGACUAAACAUCUAAAAAUGACCUUUACAUGGGUUAGUGCAAGGGGCACCUGCAGAUGGUCAUUAUGCAUCAUCAACCUCUAAGUUAGCCCAUUCAGUCAUUCCUAUAAUGAACCUGAUUAAAGCCAUCUAGACCAAAUUUGUGUGAUUGAUUUUGGUGUUACAUUUACGAAAUCGACCACCUAACUCAUUGAUAGUGCAUUUGUUCUUACAACACAACUUUUUGUUAUCAAUGUACAAAAUAUACACAAAAAAACCAGUAUUUUCUAAUUUUACGAACAAAACAAUACGAAAAUCUUGUACUAAUCCUGCCUAAACAUGUCCAUGUUUAAUGCCUAUUUUGGCAUGCAAAAUGUUACCUAUGCCUACGUUUACUAGAUACCUUUUCUAUACCUCUUUACAUUUCUGUGCUCUUUUACCUAAGGAUACACUUGUGGUAGCUUAAACAAGUAACCUACUUCCUAUUUCUUCUUAGUUUCUUAUAUUGAUAUUCAGUAUUAAAUAAUAUACAAAAGAAAACAUUUACAAAGGCCAGGCACAUACAAAUAUAAGGAAGUAAGAAGUUUCAGCAUUAUAUCAUAUAUAUCAACAUUAUAAUGAAACUCGGUAUAAGUGUGCCAGAUUUUAAUAGUUUUAAAGUUUUAUAUGUAUAAUAUAUGUGAUCGUGUUUCUUGAAGUGUUGUUAGAUGAUGAUUACGAUAAUGAACUAGCUGCUGUAUAAUUAUAGGUUAUAUUGUAUUUUUAAAUAUAUACUUCCUGAGGUCAAAUAAAAAAAUCACCUUCAUGUAAAUCACUAAAUUGCUCAUUUACUGACCGAAAUAUAUUUUUGUACGAAAACUUUAAAAAUGUCUAUGUGGAUGUAGUAAUUCAUUUUUGGUGAGUGUUCCAGGUCUGUUUCUCUUUUCUUUUAUGUAUUUUAAUAUGCAUUUAGGCUAUUUUGUAUUGUUAAAUAGUCCUACCCUAAAAUACCCUACUAAAAAAUUCUGGUAUGAAUUGCUCAUUUACGGGUCAAUAUUUAUUCAUUACACCGAAAAAAAAAACAGGUUUUGGGAGAAAAAAAUGUUGUAACAAGGAAACUUAUUGUUCUGGUAAUUGCUUGGUGUUUGUCACGGUUUUAUUUUGCACAAGUAUAUAUGAUGUGUAAUAUACAAUUGACGAGUACAGAUUUAUCUUAUAUUUAAUGGUUUGUAUUUUCUGAUAAAACAUAAUUAAAUACAAAAACGAGCUUAUUAUU